AUGUGGCAGGACGAUGAAGACAACAACCCAUAUGGGUCGUUCGACAACCACGACUCCUCCACUGUGCCAACGAAUCCAGCUCUAAGUGCUUCUUACUCCAACUCGUCCUCCCCUCCAUCAUCACACUCCUCUCCGGACGAGCCGCCGCAGUUCUUGUCCCGGCCGGACAACCUGAGCGAUGAAGACGAAGACUACAAUGCAAACCCGGAAUCGGCACCGACACCCCCAAAGGGCGGGUACGACAGUCGAGUGCAGCAGAUCCUGUUUGAAAACCCGGACCUGGAAAUCGUCAUAACCGACGCAGGCAAGAGCUCGGAUGGCGGGUAUAUUGUGUACAAGAUUCGGACUGGUGAUAUCGAGGUGACCAGACGGUACUCUGAGUUCAGCUCCCUCCGCGCCGCCCUGGUCAAUCUUCACCCGACUCUGGUCAUCCCACCUAUACCGGAGAAGCAUACCAUGGCCGACUACGCCGCCAAACCAACCAAAGCAAAGGAAGAUGUUGGCAUAAUCGACCUGCGGAAACGCAUGUUAGGUGUGUUCUUGAAUCGUUGCCGGAGAAUGAAGGAUGUGGUCGAGGACGGUGUAUGGUGGCGGUUCCUGGAUCCUAAUUCCAGUUGGAACGAAGUCUUGCAUGCCUAUCCGAUCUCGUCCAUACCGAAGAACAACCUGAAAGCACCCCCUCUGGACCCUGCGAACCCUACUCCUGCCCACAAUUGGUUACCAGUGCCCUCUGUCUCCGCCAAACUCAAGUCUGCUGGUCCGACCUCAAGCUCCGGAACCCCAAUAUCUCCUCCCGAGCAGACAUACCCUUCAGCAGCCUCCCACACGACUCCUGGUCCGCAAGUGUUUGGGCGCUUCCCUCCCACUACGGAUAAACUGAGUGAGACAGACCUGGAUCCUUACUUUAUCAACUUCGAGGCCUCUACCCGUGAGCUCGAACUGCUGCUUCAAGGAAGUAUCGAGAAAGUCAAUCGCCGUACACUAGAGCAUCUGACCAAGCUUUCUGCGGACCUUGCAGAGUUGGGGGCGCGCUACAAUGGCUUUUCUCUGUCCGAGCAAUCGCCAACUGUGGCGGCUGCGAUCGAGAGGGUUGGACAGGCUGUGGACAGCACAUACAUUUCGACAGAGGAGCUUGCCUUGGGCCUUGGGGCGACUUUUGCCGAGCCUAUGCGGGAGAGUGCACAAUUCGCCGGGGUUGUGCGCAAUGUCUUGAGGUACAGAGUCUUGAAGCGGGUGCAGCAAGACAUGACGAGAGACGACCUGGAUAAAAAGCGCAAUCUGCUUGAAGCUCUGGAGCGCAGUGAAGCGGAAGCGAAACGAAUUGAUGCGUAUCUUUCGGGCAGCACCACACUCUCAAGUCCACCUCGUCGCUCCACUUCCAAUGCUUCUGCACGAACUGCCUCUGAGCGGCACGCCGGACCUGGCAGGGAAGGACACGACGAAACUGAGUCUGUCGAUUCCGACUUUCCCCCUACCCACGGUGAAACGCCGUCUUCACCUCCAUCGGCAGCCCAGGGCGAACCGAAUCCCCCAACGGGUCCGACUUCGCCAACCUCCCACAGGAAGUCUCCUAGUGGCAAUUUCGUGACAAACAAGAUAUUCGGCAGUUUCAGGCAUGCAGUCAACGGGUUUGUUGACGUUGAUCCGGAAAGAACGCGACGAGAUCAGAUUGGAAAAACGAGGGAGAGCCUGACUCAGCUGGAACAGGCACUCGAAGUGUCUGAGAAAGACGUCAAAGAUGCGACCCAAGGUGUCAUGCGAGAUCUGAAAAGAUUCCAAAAGGAGAAGGAAGACGACUUUCAGAGAUACAUGAUCGCCUAUGCCAGAUGCCAUAUCGAAUGGGCGCGGAAAAAUCUGGAGACUUGGUCGGAAGCAAGGGAAGAAGUUGACAAGAUAGUUGCCAGGUAG